AAAACUGACAAAAAUUUCUAAACUCAAAGUAAAUUUACUAGUGUUUUCCAGUGCCCUUGCAUCACAGCUGUAAAACAGCAAAUCCUAGGCUAGUAAACUGACCAUGAGUUCAGGCUUGUUUUGUCAGUCAUACAAUUUUAAUGGGUCAAGAAUGAGCUUUCAUGCUUCCUCUUUUAAGCCAACACUAAUGAAAAGUCACAAAAGUGAACGUUAACAGCUCCUGAACUCAACAUGUGAACAAAUCUAUCUCCAUGACAAGCAAUGAGGACCAUGUUCAAAUGGUUGAAAGCUUAAGGAAAAUUUGGUAACUGGGCUUUGAUUUAGUAUCAUUUUGUUAAAUUAAAAGGAAAAUUGGAAAAUCUCUAAUUGUCCACAUAUAUGUAUGUAUUGUCAAGUGUGGUAGAUAGCGUUGCAUCACCAAGCUCUAACUCUUAAGUCCUGGAUGUCAGAGCUUUCCACCAACCUUGUCUCACAUCUAUUGCUCUUGUCAUAUAUAACAAUGUACAGAUCAUUUUCAAGCUUCACCCAGGAAUGUUGCUGUGUCUGUUCGUGCUUGAAUUGUGGUUGAAGAUCCUGCAGAUUUCCGUAAAGUCUCUUAUGUUUGAAGUUGACUCUGCUUCCUGUUUCCACAUGGUGUCAGUACAGAAAACUGCUAGAACUUUUUACGGGUUAAGUGCAUGUGGGGAAGGAAAAACGCUGACUGCUGUUGGCAGGCAGUGGGAGGGGUUAAUGCUGUGGACUGUUUGCCCUCUCAGCAACCAGCUUGGUGGUCACCCCUGAUUGCAUUUGUCUGUUGAAAAACUCUGUCAUUCUCUUACUUCCUGUUGGUGUUUUACUCACACCCUGCUGACCAUCUGCAAGCAGGAUCGUUCGUCUCCUCCUCAUCACCUCAGCUCAAGGCAAUCAUUUCUUCUCCGUCUCCUCUCUCCUGCGCUCACCGAUCUGAGCGAGAUGAAAACAGACGUUUUCAAUUAGGGAGAGCCGUUGAAAGUGUUUGCUUCAGGCUGCCGCACUGCUCCUGCUCUCUCUGCCACCCCCCCUCCCUAAUCCAUCCCCCAAGAUCCUCUUGCCAUUUAGUGUCCCCCCCCCCACACACACACACACCUCGUUCCCAGCACAGCCAGGGGGGAAGCGGGAAGCGGAAGAUCUGUGUGCACUGUAAGUGUCGUCGUGAGGAGCAUGCAGUGCCAGCCAUGCCUGUAGAGAUGGAGAAGACGGUCACCAAACUGAUGUACGACUUCCAGAGGAACUCCACCUCAGAUGAUGACUCUGGCUGUGCCCUGGAGGAGUACGCCUGGGUGCCACCAGGACUCAAACCUGAACAGGUUCAUCAGUACUACAGCUCCCUGCCCGAGGACAAGGUGCCCUAUGUGAACAGCCCAGGAGAGAAAUACCGCAUCAAACAGCUGCUCCAUCAGCUCCCACCCCACGACAAUGAGGUACGCUACUGUAACAGUCUGGAUGACGAGGAGAAGCGCGAGCUGAAGCUCUUCAGUAACCAGCGCAAACGGGAGAACCUGGGCCGUGGCAACGUCCGUCCGUUCCCCGUGACAAUGACAGGGGCAAUCUGCGAACAGUGUGGAGGCCAGAUAAACGGUGGUGACAUUGCUGUGUUUGCGUCACGGGCUGGUCACAGCGUGUGUUGGCACCCUGCCUGCUUCGUGUGCAGCCUGUGCAACGAGCUCCUGGUGGACCUCAUCUACUUUUACCAGGACGGGAAGAUCUACUGCGGCCGGCAUCACGCCGAGAGACUGAAGCCACGCUGCACCGCCUGCGAUGAGAUCAUCUUUGCAGAUGAGUGCACAGAGGCAGAGGGGCGUCACUGGCACAUGAAGCAUUUCUGCUGUUUCGAGUGUGAGACGGUGCUGGGGGGCCAGCGCUACAUCAUGAAGGAGGGACGACCCUACUGCUGCUCCUGCUUCGAGUCCCUCUACGCCGAGUACUGUGACUCCUGUGGGGAACAUAUUGGCAUUGAUCAAGGCCAGAUGACAUAUGAUGGGCAGCACUGGCACGCCACUGAGGGCUGCUUCUGCUGCGCCCGCUGUAAACGCUCCCUGCUGGGCCGGCCCUUCCUGCCCAAGCAGGGCCAAAUCUUCUGCUCGCGCUCUUGCAGUCUGGGGGAGGAACCCAAUGGCUCCGACUCCUCUGAUUCAGCCUUCCAAAGUGCUCGCUCCACCAGAGAGUCCAGACGCAGCUCGAAGAUGGGGAAGAGCGGAGGAGGAGGGGGUGGAGUUCAGGCUGAGAGAUUUUCAGGUGAGGUGGACCCUCUGUCUUUACAAAUGGAUCUUCUGAGUCUCUCCAGCCAAACGCCUAGUUUGACCCGCGAGCCGCCCGCCUGGCAGAACCAGGAGGAAGCAGGUGAUGGGUAUAAUUAUGAAUCCCAAUCAGACCCAACUGCCAACCCCACCCCUCUUCAACUUCUCAGCCAGUGCAAUGUCAGGACUUCCUAUAACCCUGCCUGCUCUGGACAGAACAAUCAACAGCAGGAUCACAGGAUCAAGGAGAAUGCGGGCUUAAAGAGACCCCCCAUCUCAGCGAUGAAAGGCCACUCUCUGAAUGAGACGUGGUUCCAACAGCCCGCUCCAGAGGAGUACUAUCCACCCAAGCUGAGGACCCAGAAGAGCUUCACCGAGGUGUCCCAUUGCUCUCAGCACCACAAUGGCUUCUCCUCUGACAAGCGCUCGAUCAGUUUGCAUGGCUUUCAGAGGGACCGGGACAGAGAUGCAGGGCCUCCAGCAGCAACCCAGGUGGCAAGAAGCAGGAACCCCAUCAAUGCACUUAACUUCACAGAGCAACUGACCCCUCUAGAGCAGACCCCAAGAGGAUCCAUGGAGUCCCUGGCCUUGUCCAAUGGUACAGGAAACUCAGCUGAUGGAGGAGGAAAGCGUCAGGAGCACCUUUCUCGUUUCUCCAUGCCAGACCUGAGCAAAGACUCUGGAAUGAACGUGUCAGAGAAAAGCAACAUGGACACCCUCAACUCCUCAGUGCAGUUUCGUAGCUCCGAGUCCAUUCACAGCCUCACUGCCAGUCAGCCCUACAUGGAAAUGGAUCCCCCCAGGCCCUCCCAGUACAAGGUGCAGUACUGUGACCCUCCUGGCAUGGGUGGGGGUAUGGGCAUGUCUCAUUUACCGCCUGGUUUCACCUUCCAGGAGGAGGAUAGGGUGAGUUUAGUGAGCAGUGCAAAUGCUGCCCGCCUGCCACCCAUCAGUGAGCGCAGGGUGGGAGGUGCUGGAGGAGGAGGCGGUAGGGGGGCAAGUGUCCGGAUAGAUGCCCCAGACGAGACCCCCCAGAGGCGCCGGCACCACCACCACCGCUCCCGGAGAUCCCGUCGUUCUCGCUCAGAAAACGCCCUCCACUUGGUGGCAGACCGAAGGGUGAGACCUCAAGAGAGACCACAGCUGCGUGUCCGAGAGGAUUAUGACCGUUUCCCGCCGCCAAGGAGCGCCAGGGAUCAGUUUGGUGUAGGAGGAGGAGGAGGAAGAUACCAGCCACAGCUCUUCAGACAGUGCCCCAGGACCACUUCAGACCUGACGCUACAGAACCCCGGGGCCAGCCGACGCACCGGCUUGAGCCAGUACUCCUGGGAUGAUUAUGACGAUGACGAUUGGUGCUCUACCUGCUCCUCAUCCUCCGAAUCAGAGGAUGAGGGUUACUUUCUGGGUGAGCCGAUCCCCAGACCCAUCCAGCUGCGCUACCUCAGCAACCAGGAGCUUGUCCACAAGUACAACAACACGGGGAUGGGAGGACCCAACCGCAGCGGGCAGUUACACACCCGCAAACGCAGGAAAAGCAAGAACUGCAUCAUCUCCUAACACCCUAACAUUUGGCACAGUAAAUGAUGCUUUCUCUAACCUUGUGUACACUAACAUCCUCCAUCUGGAACAAAAAAAAAAACAAAACUCACAGUCCAUUUAUUCAGUGUUGUUGAGUGUUGAAUAUUAUGUAAUUGAAAGUCAGUGAUGAAUUACAGUUGGUUAACAGUGGAAAAAGCAACAGUGUUUGCAUGUUUGUUCAUUUUAAUGUUUCAGAAUAUCUCCUGAGUAUUAAGGCUGUUACAGUUACAUGCACAGUUCUAUCAAGUCACAAUCUUUAUCAAAAGCUGACGUGCAAUUUUUUUUUUUUAUCUUAACUUCAUUUCCAUGCAGCAAACAAGUGUGCAAGGUAGUCAGUUUGGUACAGUUUAGCUUUUUCAUGCAAUGUGAUUUAGAUAUAGGAUAUACUGUACUAUUGUAUUCAGUUCAUAGUAUGUACAUAGAUAAAUGAAUUAAUAAUUUCACUUUAAGUUAAGGAAGUCCGUGUAAAUAUGGUUGUAAAUGAGGCCUCACAUAUUUUUAUAUUUUGUAUGGAUAGAAUCAUUUAUGUAUUAAAUAUCUAUAAUGUAGAGAUAGAAAAUAACAAAAACAACGUAUGCAUGUUUUAUUUGGCUGACCUGGUCCUGCAUUUGGAAUAAAGGAGUAUUUCAGUGA